CCUAGUUAAUUUGUCAUCAAGCCUGUCCUGUGCGUAAAGUGUAGUACUUUGACCCUGUCAAAUGCUACGUUGUUUUUACUGGUGCAACAUCAAGGCACCCAUUGUGGAAUGCAGACAGAAUGGGUGCGCGCAAGCGUUUUCGGAACUGACUGUACAUUUCAGUACGGACUGUAAAUACGAGCGCUCCACGGACAGGGUAGCUUCCGUUUUCAGAACGCACAGCGCUUUUGCAGUGUUUAUGUUGUCAUGUCAAAAGGCUGUGAUUUGACUUCGGUACGACAGCUGAGAAGUGAAGCUGCUCAAUGUUGCCUAGAUUUUCCAAUAUAGUAUCAACGGUUGGAGCAGGCCUGUCAUUGUGACAUUGAAAUGUGUAGUUUACAAGCCAGUUGGACACUCUUCAAGAUGAGCCGUGACACUCCCAUUCACACUUGGCCUGGCUCCUAUUACAUCAACAGUGAAAAGAGAUGGGUUACUGGCAACCUUUCCCUGAGCCGAACCACUCUGCGCUUCAUCGCGGAGCAGAGCAAAGACAGCCUGGCCAGCCUACGCCUCUCCCGCAUCAUGGAGAUCAAGAUGGAGUCCUCCAGCUUCAUCUUUAGUACUCUGACCGUGCUAGAGGAAGGAAACAUCAAACACUGGUUUGGGUCACUGCGCCCCAACCGAGUUGUAGUUUAUAAUGUACUGGAACACUUCUGGAGAGAGCGCCUGCUCUCCCCAACACAGAGCCGUGGGGCAGAGGCCCCCCUCAGCAAAGGCAGGGAGCUCAUCAACUUGGUGUCAGGGGCCCAGCGGAGGUUGGAAGAUGCAGGGAAGGUGCUAAACCACCAAGGAGAGCAGUUUGACAAUGUCAUGCAAGAUCUGGACAAGAUCGACUCCAAUUUGGGUGUCGCAGACAAGCUACUAUCUGAACUGGAGUCUCCGCCGUGGUGGCCAUUUGGAAAGCUGCCAUGGAAGAGCCAACAAGACGCCAAGGCGGAGCAGGCUGCCAAGGCCACGUCUUCAAAGACCUCAGGGAAGGGGCCGAGGGUGAUCACAACCAUACCUGCCCUUGUGUCGAAGGGCGGAGAAUCAGACUGGAAGCCUGGUUGCCUGGUGGUGCUGCUGUCCUCUCUGGAAAUAAAGGAUGCCAGCUCAAAUGUGCUGCACCACUUUGAAAGGGACGAGGUGGACGAUGUUAGGGUCCACAGUCCUUACGAAGUCAGCGUGCGACAACGGUUCAUUGGAAAGCCUGAUAUCUGCUACCGGCUGCUCUCGGUCAAAAUGGCGGAUGCCCUGUCAGUGAUGGAGAUGCAGUACAAAAAGAAAAUAGAGUUCACGGCUGAAUAUUCAGCCUUCCAGGCCAGCCCUGCCACAACGCCCGGUGCCACACUGGGGGAAGGGUCUGUGUGGGCAGCAGCCACAAUCGCAGGUGCAGCUGCAGGGCCCAGCCAACUCAGGCUGGACACAGAGGUUCCCGUGGAGAUCCCUGCUGGUGAGCUCACUCAGGUCCAAGUGCAGGUCCUCCAGCCCACCGUCACUGACGCAGAGGCCCAGGAGCUCAGACAGAUGCUGUUGCAGCUGAAGAGUCUGGCGCUGGAGGCUGAGACUGAGCUGGAGAGGCAGGACGAGGCUCUGGAUGCCCUGGUGUCCUCCACCGACCGCGCCACCAUGACCAUCGACAAGCACACGCGCCGCAUGCGGAAGCUGCUGUGACCUCCCCAUCCCCAUCCCUCAUGCCCUCAUCUGUAAGUCCACAGCAGAAACACUCUACUCCACUGCGCUGCAGGCAGUUAACGACCCCAUGUUUUAAAGCCUAGGCUAUUAUCACGUCCAAAUUUCAUUAUAAAAAGGAAAAAAGAUGUGAUUGUGCCAUAUACGGUGGUUAAAAAGCCUUCUGGUUGCGACACAGGGAGAGCAUUUGUAUGACAAAAUACAAGUGUUUAAAGAAUUAAUUAUUGUUUUUUUGUUUGUUUUUUUGUUUUUUUUUACUGCCCAUGCUGACAAUCACGAGUGUCCCAAAAUGAUCCCCCAGCUUUACAUACUGUACUGCAUGUCAUACAUGAGUGCCUGUUUAGGGUUUUGAGCCGCUACACUUUCAAACAUGGACUACAGAUAGAUGGAGCAAAACAAGACUUCCUAUGAAUCCAAAUGGACUGAUAGAUUGAUAUGAAGCCUUCAUCUCUCAACCCUAAAUAUGCACACACAUGAAUUUCAACAGCUCUCCAGCUCCAUGCACCUGUUCAUAUUUAAACCUUGACUGUAUAUUUGUUAAAUGAAAGGGGCAAAAGUCCCAUGAUGUAAUUUUUGUCCUUUCUGUAUUGUAACGGUUUGUGAACAAGUUCAAUAAACUCCCAUGCUCCA